AUUCUUUAAAAUUCUGUUCUAAAUCUACCCUUCACAUUUCCAAAAAUUCCACUCAUUCCCCAUGGCAGCUAUCCCCCAUCCAAACCCUAACCAGAACCCGAAUUUCCUCUCACCGAUGCUGCAGCCUUACCUCGAGCAGCAGCAACAAUUUCCACCCGACCCGCCGGAUGAAGAAACUACCAGUGAAACUGAUAACGAAAGUCACAUGUCUUUUACGAAUAAUUCAACUGUCUCAAAUCCGAAUUCGAAUCAGGGUUUGAUUGAUCGGUCGACGGCGGCGCUCCUCCAUGUGUCUUUCAAUCAGGACUAUGGCUGCUUUGCUGCCGGCAUCGAUCGCGGAUUCCGUAUAUACAAUUGCGAUCCCUUUCGCGAGAUCUUUCGACGGGAUUUUGAUGGUAAUGGUGAAAGUCAAGGUUGUCUAGAUUCUUAUUCUUGCUUAGGAGUGAACCAUCGAGUCAUGUGUAGCUUCAUGGAGCAACUAGUUGAAAAAGAAAAACCUUUUUGGUUUAUGCCUUUUUCUUUCACAAGAUAUAAAGAUCUCACAGAAGCCCUUGGAAAUAUGAUGCAGGUAAGGAGGGGUGCAGACAGAGCAGAAAUAUACAGCCUAGCAUUUUCGCCUUCUGCCAAUUGGCUUGCAGUUUCUAGUGAUAAAGGCACUGUUCAUGUUUUCAGUCUUAAGGUUAAUGCAGAAAACCUUGGAAACGCUAGGUCAAGCAGUCCUCCAGAUUCAAAUUCUGCCGUGACUUCACCAGGCUCAUCACUCUCUUUCAUUAAAGGAGUACUCCCCAAGUAUUUUAGCUCUGAAUGGUCAGUGGCUCAGUUUCAUUUAAUUGAAGGUUCUCAAUACAUCGUUGCGUUUGGUCAUCAAAAGAAUACGGUGGUAAUUCUUGGUUUGGAUGGAAGCUUUUAUAGGUGCAAAUUUGACCCAGCAACUGGAGGAGAGAUGACUCAGCUGGAAUAUCAUAAUUUCCUUAAGCCUGAUGAAGCUCUAUAGCCGAGCUCUGGAUAAUGUAAACCGAUACACGUUCAUGUAUGCACAGCAUUUAUGUUUUUCUGUAGUUAUCCUUUUUCCUGCCUGUUUAUUGGAUCACCAUUUUGUAAAUAUCCGAGUGUAAAUUAACCCAACAGUCUCAAACUGGUCAAUCCACAACAACAAAUAUAUAUAUGUGUAUGCAUGUAAAA